AUGACUAAAUGGAAGUUAAGCCGGCAAACAUUCGGGUCUGAAGAGUUAAACUUUUCCGAGGGUGAUGAAGUUACUUUUGGUAGAGGAUUAAAUAAUACUGUUACCUUGUCUAGCAUAGUGAUAUCUAGGAAUCACUGCGUGAUAACUUUUAGACAUGACGAGGCCGUUAUUACAGAUCUAAAGAGUUCUAAUGGCAUAUAUGUUGGAUUAAAAAGGAUACCUCCAAAUAUUCCAUACAAUUUGCAAGAAUCUGAUCUAAUAGGGUUUGGAUGGACCAUAGAAAAUCUUCAUUCUAUACAUAUGAAAGAUAAUGCAGAUGAAGUUGAUGGAGAUAAUUUGAUAAACAAAGACUUAAAUAGUGGGACACUCACAAAAUCACCUCAAAAUAAUAAAGAAAUAGUAAAGAAGAUUCAAAUGAUUGAACCUUUGGUACAUCAGAAAAAAAAAGUACCACCAGUAAUCCUAGAAAGUAAAAAGAAACACUCUAAAAAACACAAAUCUUGUUCAAAGAAACAUAUGAGCAAUUCACAAAAAGAAGAAAGGAAAAGAAAACUUAAAGAAAUUGCUUCCAAAGAAAAAGAGGAAACUGAAUCAACUAACAACUUUACAGUAAACAACUCAAAUAAGCAAAUUGUGCAUGCAAAAAUAACAACAUCAAACAGAGGCCACAAUAAUCCGCCAAUGGCUAUUUUCCACUCAUUCAACAAUCAUAAACAAUACAUACAAUUAGUGGGUGAUCUGUUACUAAUGGAAAUUUGGGAAUGUUUAACUCAAGGGUACAUGAGAUUGACCAAAUCAAGCCAUGGUAUUCAAAUGCGAAUAGAAUCAUUGCCCCCUGUCCCACCACAAGAGCGCUGCUUUGAUUUGUUUAGUCUGAGUGUCAAUGUUUCACUACCAAAUUCUGAAAUAAAAAGUGUACCAAGGAUAGGAGAGCUGUUGUUGGUAACAUUUGGACACGAAAAUACAAAGAAUAAUAGAUUUGUUUUUGUUCACAACAUAAGGAGUCUUCCAUCACCUCCUAAUAAUAUUCAUUCUUUUUUUACCAUCUCCUUGUAUGCAACUUUUACGGAAAAAAUGGGACUGCUUCGGCCUGGUGAAAUAAUGUUUGGUAGAAGCCUGGCAUAUAUAAAUAAGGAAUUAAUGCUAUUUGAGGCUAUGGAGCAUUUAGCAGGAUCACCACUGAGUGAAGCUAUUCUAAAACCUGAACCACACCACUUUUUGAGGUUAAAUGAAACAAACAAAGAGAUUGAUUUUAAAUCCCAAUGGACAUUAACACUUAAUAAAAGUCAAAAAUUAGCAGUCAGUUCAUCCGUUUCUGCCGCUCUUGGUGAUAGGCCAUCUAUCCAGAUGGUCCAAGGACCACCUGGCACAGGAAAAUCAAGUGUGAUUUGUGCUAUAGUCAUGACAUAUUUUUACAACUCUUCCGGAAAUAAGCAACAGAACCGUGGAAAGAUUUUAAUCUGUGCUACCAGUAAUGCCGCUGUAGAUGAACUAGUCAUUAGAUUGCUUAAUAUAAGGCAAAGUUUGCCUAAAUCGGAGCGGUUCCGCAUGGUGCGCGUUGGCCGGGCGGAGGCGAUGCACCCGCGAGCCCGUGACGUCAGCUCCCAACAGCUGGCUCAGCGCGACGCGGCGCGUUCGCACUCCGAGCCAGCGCAGCCCGGUCUCGCUGAGGAGAUUUCACACUUGGAGGCCAAGAUCAACAUGUGGAAGACGCAAGCGCAGGACGCGAGGGACCCAGUGCGCGUCGCCUACUGCCAGAAUCGCAUCGAUAACCUCGUCAAAAGAAUAGCGCUGCUGCGUGGCGGUAGCGGCGGGGGCGAUGAGCAUAUCGCGAAAACCGAGCGAAGGAUCAUCGAAGGAGCGGACAUCGUGGUCACCACGCUCUCCAGUGCGCACAACCACAAGAUGCAAGGAUUAAGAAGUCGCAUUGCUCUGUGCAUAGUGGACGAGGCGGGUCAGGCGAUAGAACCGGAGACCCUGAUCCCACUGACGCUGAAUGUGACUCGGCUCACUCUGAUCGGUGACCCCCAACAGUUGCCAGGUUUUAUCUGCUCACAACGCGCAAAGAAACACGGCCUCGGCGAGAGCUUAUUCUCGCGGCUGACGUCGACCACGGAGAACUGGAGUGACGGCAGCUCGGUGGUGCUGCUGAACCAGCAGUACCGGAUGCACCCCGAGAUAGCUGACUACCCCAACAGGGCGUUCUACGCGGGCCAAAUUCUGACGGUGGCGCCCUCGCCCGCCGAUCUCAGCAUACCCCCCUACUGCAUCGUCAGCAUCGCCAGCGGAGAUAAGGGCCAGGGGGCGUCGGGCGCGAACGAGGUGGAGGCGUGGGGCGUGGCGCGGCUGGCGGCGGCGAUCGGCGCCGAGACGCGCGCUCGGGGCCGCAGCCUGGCCGUCAUCACGCCGUACAGCGCGCACCGCGACCUGCUGCGCCGCAACCUCCGGCUGCUGCAGGACCCGUCCGACGUCCAGAUUGAGGUGAACACCGUGGACGGCUUCCAAGGGCAGGAGCGCGAUGUGGUGGUGGUGUCGCUGGCGCGCAGUCACGGCGUAGGAUUCCUCACGGACGCGGGGCGCAUGAACGUGAUGCUGACCAGAGCACGCCACGCGCUCCUAGUCUGCCUGAACCCACUCGCCUUAACGAAAAACCAACAAUGGCGAACCUUAGUUGACGAUGCGCACAGGAGGAAAGUUUACAGAGUACUACCUAGUAAAUUAUGCCAAGGUGCUUCAACGCCGAUCCCACCAGAAGAAAUACUAAAGCACAUUAGAAAUGUGAAGUCUACCAAG